AUGGAAGGCCUUUUAAAAUUUCAAGACGAUAUUUCAGAUAGAAUUUCUAAGGCUAGAAAGAAUUUAAAGAAGUCGCCUAAGGAGCGACUAACCCCGUCUUACGUACAAAUUAGAUUAAUUAAUUUGGAUGAAUUAUGGCAACAAUUUAACAAGACUCAUGAAACACUUGUUAGGGAAUCGGAAUCUAAAGAAUUUAGGAGUAGUCAGUACUAUGUCAAAAAUGUAUAUGACAGUACAGAAGAAUGUUUCAUUGAUUAUAAGGCUGAAUUGUUAUCUUUGCUUCAUAGUUUUAAAACGGAAGAGUCAAGACGCCAAUGGGAGUUCUUUAGUAGCAAUAAUAGUUCUUCUGAUGUUUUGCCAACCUUUGAGGAAUUUAAAAAGUUUUUAACGGAUAGGGCUCGAGCUUUAGAAGCUUUAGAGGCAAAUAAACCAAAUGUGUCAAAACAGCAAGUUAGACCUAAAACGUUCCAUGUUGUUAAUUUUAAGUGCCCUUAUUGUUCUGAAGACCAUAAGCUAAGUUCAUGUAAGAAAUUUAUAAGUAAGGAUAGUGAAUCACGACGUAAUUUUGUCCGGGACAAUCAUUUAUGUUUUAAUUGUCUUGGUAAUACUCAUUCGGCAAGGUACUGUAAAAAUUAUAUCCAAUGUCAUAAAUGUAAAAAGCGUCAUCACACUUUAUUACAUCCAGUAAAUAGUAAGACCACGAACACUGAUGCCAAUAAUCAUGAACCAAGUAGCUCAGAAACCGGACAAUCCGGGGCGACCAGUGUGCAAGGUCAGGUUAUGACGUGUUUCUCAACUGGUAGAUCAUACGAGCAAGUUUUGUUGGCUACUGCUUUAGUGCAAGCUAAGGCACAAAAUGGCAGGAAUUAUACAUUGCGAGCUUUGUUGGAUCAAGGUUCGCAAGCGUCUUUCGUAACGGAAGCCAUGGUGCAAUAUCUGAACCUUAAAAAGUUUCCGAUAAAGGGUAAUAUUAUGGGAAUAGGUGGAAACAAUAAGGCAGUUUCCAGAGCAAUGGUUACGUUGGAGAUUCGUUCGAGAGUUGAUCCAGAUUUCGUGAUUUUGGUGAAGGCUUAUGUGCUAAACCUUAUCACGGCACUCUUACCUAGUAAGGAGAUGCCACCGAUGGAAUGGCUGGAACUCGAUGAAAUAGAAUUAGCAGACCCAGGAUACAAUAUACCUAACAGAAUAGACCUUCUGUUGGGAGCGGAAGUUUACACCCAAGUAUUACGGGACGGAAUAAAAAGGAGUCCUAAUGGAUUAACAGUAGCCCAGUUUACGGCUUUGGGCUGGGUGCUGUCUGGUGGUAUUACCAAUGCAAAAGUACCAAGGUCGAACAUAGUAACGUUCCACUCACGCCUUGAUGAUGAUGCGUUACUCAGAAGAUUUUGGGAACUGGAGUCGGAUACAGAACCCACUAAACCGUUGUUAACAGAGGAGGAAAUUCAGUGUGAGGAUUAUUAUAGUAAGACUACUUACCGAGAUGUCGAUGGCAGGUUUGUAGUUCGCUUACCUUUCAAACCCAAGGAUCCAAGUUACAAGCAUGACACGUGUAGGGAAAUAGCUGAAAAAAGGUUAAAUUCAUUAGAAGCAAGGUUAAACAGAAAUACGGAACUAAAGAAUAAAUAUAAGGAAGUAAUGAACGAAUACUUGGAGUUGCAACACAUGGAGAGAGUGUCAGACCCACAAAAAUACCUAGAGACGGCGCUCUACUUACCUCAUCACGCGGUAGCACGUAGCGAUAAAGAUACUACGAAAGUAAGAGUGGUAUUCGACGCAUCCUGUAAAGGAAGGUAUGGAGUUUCGCUUAAUAAUAAUUUGUUAACGGGACCAACGUUACAAGCCGAUUUAAGACACAUUAUACUACGUUGGAGACUAUCACCUAUCUGUUUAGCAGCGGAUAUCAUAAAAAUGUAUCGGCAGGUCAAAGUGAACUUAGCAGAUGUUGACAGUCAAAGAUUGUUGUGGCGGGAUGAUCCAUCUUCGGAAUUAGUUGAUUACCGCCUUCUAAGAGUCACAUUUGGUACUGCGUGUGCCCCAUUUCUGGCCGUUAGGUCAUUGCAACAGGCUGCUCGGGAUGUGACGGAUGGUAUCAAGCAAUAUGCUUGUCAAAAAAUACUAAAUGACUUCUACAUGGACGAUCUAAUGACGGGAUGUGAAAAUGUUGUGGAUGGAGUCAAAAUAUAUAAGGACAUCAGUGACAUAUUAAAGGGAGCUGGGUUUGAAAUGCAAAAAUGGACCAGUAAUAAUAAUGAAAUUCUUCAGGAAAUUGAGAAACUAGAAGGAAAAGGAAAAAAGGAAAAGGAUAAUGGAUUACAUUUAAAAAUGAAUGAAGUGACGAAGGUACUAGGUCUUACCUGGAAACGUAGCACAGACACUUUUCAGUACGUCGUUGCCUUACCGGAAAUUGUGGGACCUGUAACAAAAAGGAACAUUAUUUCGGAUAUCUGUCGUCUAUAUGAUCCGUUAGGUUGGGUUGCACCUAGUGUAGUCUUAGCGAAGAUAAUAAUACAAAAGCUGUGGCUUACAGGAAUAGACUGGGACCAAGAAGUGCCAGAGCAAUUAAAAUUGGAAUGGAAUAACUACAGGAAUAAUCUUGAAGACUUAUCUGAUUUUAAUCUUCCUAGAUGGUUGCGUUCGAAGUCAAGCGAUGCCCAACUUCAACUUCAUGGAUUUUGUGAUGCCUCUCAAGCUGCCUACGGAGCUGCAGUGUAUCUUCGUGUGAUCGAUUCAACAGACAACGUUAACGUUUCACUUCUUGCAGCAAAAACUAAGGUAGCACCUGUCAAGCAAGUAUCUAUUCCUAGAUUGGAGUUGUGCGGAGCUCUACUUUUAACCAAAUUAAUGGUGGAUAUCGGACAAGCACUGAACGUUGACAAAUCAAACUGGCAUAAUUGGACUGACUCUACCGUUGUUCUUGCGUGGCUAAGUGAUCACCCGAGUCGCUGGAAGGUUUUCGUAGCAAACCGAGUGUCUGAAAUCUUAUCAGUGACGGAUUCAAGCCAAUGGUGUCACGUGCGAUCUGAUCAAAAUCCUGCAGAUAUUGCUUCCCGAGGAAUGAGUCCUCUAAACUUGUUAAAGAGCAAUCUAUGGGUUGAUGGCCCCGAAUUCCUUCGCGAUAAAGAGGUUUUAUACGAAAAACCAAAUAUUCGUACAGAAUUAGAAGUGCGCGUUCAUUGUGCAUCACUCCAAGAGCAGCUGUGGGACAAUUAUUCAUCUUUCACCAGACUCUUACGAGUACUAGCACGUUGUAGGCGGUUCCUAGGGUUAAGACACUCUUCAAGGCAAAAAUUCAUGAACUACCUAACUGGGGAUGAAUUGAAAGAAGCGUUAGUAUGUGUGAUUAAACAGUGUCAAGGGAAACACUUUCAGGAAGAGAUAGAGAAGCUACAAAGAGAAGGCAGCGUAAACAAAAGAAGUAAGCUAUGGGUACUCACGCCGUACUUGGAUAAUCGACAUAUCCUCAGGGUGGGCGGUCGGUUAGGCGAAUCCCAGCUAUCAAAUAACCAGAAACAUCCGAUCAUAUUGCCCAAGGUUUGUAAUCUCACGAAGCUAAUUGUCUCAGAUACUCACGUGAAAACUCUGCAUGGUGGUCCACAACUAAUGCUUACCGUUCUGAAUGCUACCUAUUGGAUAUUUGGCGUAAAACAACUAGUUAAGGCUUGUGUCCAUAGAUGUGUAACCUGCGUUAAAUCCAAGGCAGUUACAAAAAAUCAAUUAAUGGGCCAAUUACCUGCUGUUCGUGUUACUCCAACACGACCAUUUAAGUGCAGCGGAGUAGACUAUGCUGGACCUAUUCAGCUAAGGGUCUCCAAAGGAAGGGGACACCGCUCUUAUAAAGGGUAUAUAUGCCUGUUCGUGUGCAUGGCAACUAGAGCAAUACACCUGGAAGUCGUAUCCGACCUUACCAGUGAAGGUUUCUUACAGGCCUUCAAACGAUUCGUAGCUCGCAGAGGUCAUUGUCAAGAGAUAUGGAGCGACAACGGGACGAAUUUUGUGGGCGCAUCUAAGGAACUUGCCCAUUUGUUUCGUACGGAAAAAUGCAAUAUGGUGGCAGAAGUAGCCGAAUCAUUGGCUAACAACGGCACCACGUGGCAUUUCAUUCCAUCUCAUGCCCCAACCUUCGGAGGGUUAUGGGAAGCCGGUGUGAAAUCGGUGAAGUAUCACUUAAGACGUGUUAUUGGAAAUUCGACGCUGACCUUUGAGGAGAUGGCGACAGUCUUGGCGCAAAUCGAGGCAUGUCUAAACUCCAGGCCAUUGUCUAGAUUGUGUGACGAUAAUGAACACGGGAACAUAUUAACACCGGGACACUUUUUAAUAGGUGAACCUCCGCUAGUAGCUCCGGAUCUGAAUUUUGAAUCCUCAAAUAUUAGUUCAUUGCGUAGAUGGCAAUAUACGCAAAAAAUGGUUCAGGACUUUUGGCGAAGGUGGUCGUCUGAAUAUUUACGACGUUUUUUCCAAAGCGAUAAACGUUUCUCCCAAACGACGGAACCUAAUUUAGGCGAUGUUGUCAUCGUUAAGGAAGACCAUCUACCACCUUGUCGGUGGAUGUAUGGCAGAGUAGUCGCGAAACAUCCGGGUCCGGACAAAAUUACUCGCGUAGUCUCCAUAAAGACAAAAAAUACUGUUGUUAAGCGACCGACAAACAAAAUUUGUAUAUUACCAGUAACUAAAUAA